CAGAGCUAGAGAGACAGACAACACACACACACACACACACACACACACACACGGAGAGGCAGGCUCUCAGACGCGCGUCACCGACUCCUCCGCCGUGCUCGGGCCCGUCUUUACUGUCUCCGACCGCGGCUUUCAAAGGAACCGAAGCGGGGAUUAACGAGCGACUGGCGGGAGAAAACCGGGAAUAACGCGCGACUCCAGUGCGACAUUGUAGUCAUUCAGAGAGCUUGUCCUUCCGGCCGGACUGAAGAAAACCAUGACAUCCUUCAGUUACAGCAGUUAAGAGAGAGAGAGAAACUUCACAGAGAGGAUGGAGGAGCUGUAUAAAGCUUCAGCAGAGGUGGACACAGCGGAGGACGCUCAGGAUCUCUGCAGCACUGAGGAAACUGACUCACACACACUCACACUGGGGAAGCUGGAGGGCGAGGCGGCGGCUGUUACCACUGGUGAGCCCUGGCCCGCAGGUGCUCCACAAACCCCAAAGCGCUCGCUCUCGCCCCUGCUGACACUGCCGACCUCCGAGUCCCCCGCAGUGGCCCUGAAGCUGCUGCAGCCGCUCUGCCUCGGGGACGCUUCUGUGGUGCUACCCAUCCUCACUGCCCCACCGGCUGCUCCGGGUGUCCCUGCGGCUCCGUACAUGAUGAGCGGUCAGGGGCCGGUGUCCAUCCCACUGGUGCUGGAGCCACAGGUCCUUCAACAUGCACUGCUCCAGCAGACGGCCGCAUGUCCUGGGCUAGCCUUGCAGAGCAGUGUGCUGUGCCCAAACCCGUCCCUCAGCCUCGGUGCUCCGCCGGCACUGGACCAGAAGGGCCCGGGUGCAGGUCUGGACACAGGCCUACUGACUCUUCUUCAGAACCCCAGCUUUGCAGCAAUCCUGCAGGACCUGUUCCCCGGGACCCCUGUGUCAGCUUGCCCCCCUCCGUCUCCCCCACAGAUAGACCUGUCCUCCUCAUUUCUCCCCCCGCAGCUGCCCUACAAUACCCCGCUAGCCCCGUUGGUGCCGCCCGCCACCCUGCUUGUGCCCUAUCCUGUGGUCAUUCCUCUCCCGGUGCCAUUGCCUAUCCCGGUGCCCAUCCCCAUCCCUGUGUCCAUCUCUAAAGCAGAGGCAGAGUCUCCCAAACCUGCCUGUACUCUGAGCAAGAGCACGCAGACACCCCCCAGUGACGGUGCCCUCUAUCUGGACAGCAGGGACACAGCAGGAGUCCAGCAGCCUGUUCCUGUACCCUUGAACUCUGCAGAUGUGGAAGUGCUGGACUUAUCCACAAAACUGCCCCGACCCUCAGCACAGGCUCCUGCUCCUCAGGUGCUCCAACAUGACAGCGUUCUGGAUCUGUCAUUGCCUAGUGUAAGAAAGACAUGCAUCCAAUCCCGCAGCCCCUUCGGGCCCCUGAGCCCUGAGCGGGACAGGCUGUGCCACCUAGGGGAAGGUAUUAGCACCGGAGCUCUGGCUCUCGGUGUCCUCAGGCCAGUGGACUGCACACCCAAGCUGGACAGCAAGUUGCUGAGCGGGCUAGCAUCUCUGGAGUUCAGUAGGCAGCAUAAGUGGGUGGUGGACAGCAGCGUGGCGGGGUCGGGUUCUGUGCACGACUCUGCACUCACAGCCGGUGGAAACAUCGAGAUCGUCAGCACCUCGCAGACUGCCAAAGUCAUUGUGUCCGUCAAAGAUGCCAUGCCUGCUAUUUUCUGCAGCAAGAUAAAGGGAUUAUCCGGUGUUUCUACAAAGAAUUUUUCCAUCAAAUGUGACGGCGGUCAGGGGGCCUUCGCCACACUACCCAGGGGCCCCGGGGACCCGCGCGGAGAACCCAGUGACACACUCAAGAAGAUCUCUAAAAACAGAGGCAUCAAACUGAAGAAAGUCAGCUCACAGGAGAUUCAUAUACUGCCCAUAAAGAAGCAGCGGCUGGCGGCCUUCAUACCCAGGAAAUAACACGGCGCUCAGGCUGCUUCGGGGAGGGUUGGGGAGUAGAGAUGUGGGUAAUGUGAAAAACAACAGUCAGAGAAAUGUAACCAGGGUAUGAAGAUGCUAAACGCAUUCCUGGAUGAAAUGAAGCCUAAAGUGUUUCUCCGUGUGAUGUAGACGGAUGCAGGCUGGUCUGACGCUGGCAGUCGAGUCCUUCAUUAUAAAGCAACAGACGAAGUCAACAGGACAGCGGUCCGAGUAGAAGAACCAUCCGAACCGGCCAAACUGCACUACUACUGAUAUCCUCCAGCACCGGCAGCUCUAAUCAGGCAUAUUUCCUCAUCCUGUGCAUUUUGAUCUUGGUCACACAUCCUCAUGAAUAAUUCAUCAUGUUUAAUCUGCAUCCCCAUUAAUAUGCAUGAGAUAUGUUUUGAACCCUGGCCAGCUGUCAGCGAGACACAGGACAAGCCGUACAGCCAAACCUCCUGCUAACAUGCCAUCGCAGAAUACUUGCUGUCCUCGAGCUGUUUACACGUGGACUGCGAGGCGUCUCCACUGUCUGACCUUUCGCUUUGCUAAUCGCUGUAUUACUGCGGCCUGCAGCCGAGCACUUCCAUUGAGGAUGCUGAUUGGAGGAAACGGUUGUCAGUAGCAACAAAGCACAGUUUCCCUCAUCGCUCCUCCAGACGCUCGCAGAUUACAACUAAAUAAUCAUCAGGACUUCAUCCCAACCCACGACACAUCUGAGUGCAAUGGCGCAUGAGUGCUGUGUGUAUGGCCGUGGACUCGACACAGCAUCCUUCAGGAGUCUGAUUAAUGAGAGAGUUCACACUACCAUGAGCGUUUGCUGGUAAUGUAGAGCAGUCUAGAUGCAGCAGACUCAGCUCUUAUUAGAGCGCUCAGUCACACGUUGCUAUAAGGUUUAAUUAGUUAAUGUUAGUUAAAGCAUUCGCUGACAUGAACACAGAACAGUAGACUGAUUACAGUCUUUAUUCACGACUGUUAGCAUUAGCUGAUGGAGUCCAGCGUUAGUUCAGAUUACCACAUGUCAACAAGCAUCAGCUCAUAUUUGAAUGAUGCAAUAGCGAAUGCUGAGCGAGCGUUAAUAACUGCUGUAUGAGUAAUGAUGAUCAUCAGUUCAUCUUAGUAAACAUAUGAACUGACAUUAACUGAUGACGCCUGAUAGUCCAGUGUGACGAGUGCUGGAGCAGAGCAGAGGUGUUUACAGCACACCGAGCUCUGAUGAAGACCUGAGCUGAACAUCUCACACUCCUCAUCAUCAGAAGACGCCUGCGCUCAUUCUUCAAGGAGACUGACAGCAGGUUUGAUUUGGGCUGAUCUAUCGGAGUCUGCUGUUCUUGAUGCCUCAGACGGUGUUAGAGAGCAGAAACUCAUUUAAAUGUGUCGUGAUGAUGAGGACAGUGAACAUGCAGCUCUCCAGGCACAACCUGACCUUCACACACAGCCAAAACAUCUUUCCAGGAGUGUGUGUGUGUGUGUGCAUGUGUGUGUGUGUGUGUGUGUGUUUCUUCAUGUGUUUUGGGUGUCAUGGAUAAUGUUGUGUGUGUGUGUGUGUGUGUGUGUGUGUGUGUGUGUGUGUGUAGGGGGGUCUCCACCUGUUGGCUUGAUGAAUGCUCUGCUGCUGUAAUGAUCAGUGUGUUUGUGUACAGUAUUUAUUAAUGUUAAUGUUGACGAACAGCAGCUCAGUUUAGAGCGACAGCAGGAAAUCAUCCUCAUCAUCAUCAUCCUCUCUGCAGAUUUCUGACAUUAUUUAUAAUAUAAAGGCAGGAAUAUGAGCAGAACAGGCCUGUAGAGAUGAUGUGAACAUGAAGAGUCAUCAACACAGCAGCACUUCAUUAUUGAUGAUCUGGACUGAGCAGAGCAGCCCGAUGAGAUCAGAACACACACAACCGCACACACACACACUCACUCAG